GGAGCUUGGGGAGAGGCCAGGGAUGAAAGGACCCCGACAGGCAUCAGGGAGAGAGGCUAGAAUCCAGAGGUCCUCAUUCUCUUUCAGUGUUUUAAUUGCCCUCACUCCUCACACAGUAGAUUAUUGUCUCUCUUGCACACUGUUCAAGAGGCAGUGACAUGGGCAUGGCCUGAUGACACUGUGGCCCAACCUCUCUAUAUUCUGUUUGGGUGCUUAG